AUGCAGUCCUUGGAGAAGGCGAAGACUUGGUCCCACUCGGAGCUGCCCAGCGAGACACUUGCCGAGUUUGACCUCCGCCACCACCUCGCCGCCGCCGAACACAGGGAGCUCCCGGGCCUUGACGAGCCUGACGUAGAGGUACUGCAUCUGCUCCACCAGGUCGUAGGUGGAGCUCGCCUUGUCCCGGGUCGACCCGCCCAGGUGCGGGCUCGUCUCCUUCAGCGCGUAGUCGUUGGAGAGCCCGCCCCGGAUGGCGGCGGCGCCGUGGUAGCCUCCGGAGGGGGAAGGGACCACCGGCCCCGGCACGGCGGCGAUAACGACGGGCUUCAUGUUACCCGGUCCGGGAUCCACGGGCUUUGA